GUCAAGAACAGUGUGGUUUAAGUACCGAUGAAGAUGAUAGACAUCACCAGCUAUCCCUCUUUCAAUUUAUGAUCUUUAAUUGCUUCAAUGGUGAAAAUUUUAAUGCAAUUUUGGAUGUAAUUGAGAAAUGGAUAAUCCGUUAUUUCUUGGCUCUCGUAUGGUAUCUAUUAGUUGGAAUUAUUGAAGAGGCGAUUACAAUGAGCAUUGAAAAUCUUUAUAAAUUCAAAG